AUGGCAGAGCCCCAGCCACCCUUCCCGGGAGCAGAUCGAAUCCGCUCAUUAACAGACCAAGACUCCAUCUUCAGAGCCUUUGACGCCUACCCCUGGACCAAAGACUCUGCGUUUCUGUCCGGCCUCCGCGCCAUCCUCGGCGCCCCAAACCCAUCCAACCCCCAAAAUGGCUCCCUGCGUGACAUCGCCACCCACGCCCGCAUCUUCUACUACGCCCAGCGCAUCGGCGUCCAAAUCGACUUCGCCGCCUACCAGACCUGGCUCUCUCAGCACCCAGAAUACCCACCUCCGCACAUCGUCCCCUCAGAGUACGAACAGCAGCAGUCAUCGGAACCGGCAUCGGCAUCUUCUGCCUCCGCCACAGCAUGGCAGCAAGCCGCCCCCAAAGCCGACCUCUACGUCGACCGUAGUGCCCAGUCUCAGGCUUCUGGCGAGGGCGGCGAACCAUCGUAUCCUCUGGCUUUCGCAGAGAUGAUCAAGCUUAUCCAGGAAGGCAAGCCGAUUCCCGGCAUCAGACAGAUCCCCAACACUAUUGAACGAGAUCCCACUGUUAAACCCGUUGGAUCUCGUCCCGUGCCCAGAAAACCUUGGGAGAAAGAGGCUACCGCAACCGCUGAUACGGGUGCCGAAGGUAUUGUGAAUGCUCUGGAUCUGGAGUUUCCCCCUGUUGAGCAUCAGGUAGAAGGAGAAGCAACAGCUGCUGCGACAGGAUCUUCAUGACACCGCGGCAGACAUCUAACGGCGAUCAUAUCAAAGACCUGUCCCGCUCUUUGCAUCUGAGAAGCAUUAUAUACUAGACUCGCAUUUAUUAUCCAAGCGUGAGAUUUCGUGGCCAACUUGGGCAUAAUAGUCGCGAGUUUGAAUACAACCCGUCUGGCCUGAAAACUUGUCUGUAUUAAACGUUCUAAUUAUUAUUCGAAAUUACGGCGACUGGUGUAAACAUGCAUCGUCGCAGUCAAAACAAAAAAGAAAAAAAUCCUGUGGUAAAGAGCGUUGCAGCUAUUAACAUAAUAAGUCUUCUUCA